GAACGCCACAGAACGGAGCUCGUGCGGCGGCGGCACUCCGUGUAGCAUUCCACAGUCCGCAGCGUUCAUUUCUCGGCUGUCGUCAGGUCGCGCCUGAUACACGUAUACGCGAGUCCUUCCGCUGUCACAUUCCCGCGGGAGAAACGCGGAGUCGAACGCGAGUAGAAUCGAUAACCAGUUGCCCUGCGACGAUCUCGGGCGAGCUAACACCUCGGACAUAUUUACCGCUCACUCUCUUGUUGUCGCCUGCAUCUCCAGGGAACUCCGCUUUUACGUGGUGCUCGCGUCGUGUGACUUCGCGUCGGUUCUCGCCUACGUUGCGUACGUACAUCUCUCGGUCCCGAGAACGCAAAAUACAGCAGUUCUAAGGGUGGCUACUCUUCCUCAACCACAUCAUCAGACAGUCGCUACGAAGGACGUAUGCGUGAUUCUCCAAAUGGUAACUCUUACAGUCCAGCCUGCAGCUUGGGAAUGGGUAUGGGGACGGACCGGGACAGCCCACGGAAUUACACAUCCAAGCCUCUUUACAAGAAGGAGAGAGAAAAUAGAGACUAUAAAUUAUCCUCCUCUAGGGACAAGUAUUCCGAUUGUGCACGAUCCCCAAAAGACAAGAGAAGCCGUGAAAGCAGGGAUUCAGAACACAGGACCAACCACGAUAGGAGUAGUGGAGAUAUCUUACAUCCCAUAAAGUUAUCAUCAAAUUCAUCAAGAGAAUCUUCAUCUCAGAGAAAACCAGCACACAAUUCCUGUCAGGAUAAACGUGGUGAUGAGCGAGGAAGUACAAUGGAGCGUACAGCCAGGGUUGGCGAUUGGUCGGAACACAUGAGUUCUUCUGGAAAGAAGUAUUACUAUAAUUGCAAAACGGAAGUUUCUCAAUGGGAAAAACCACGAGAAUGGAUCAAUCGGAUAGAUAAUCGUCAACGGCAGUCUAGUGACUACUCUUCUAGGUCAAGUCAUGAUAAACAUUCCAACUCGCGAUCAAAUAGCAGUAGCAGUAUGCGAGAUGGUAAAUCAUCGCGACAGUCGGACAAACGAGAAUAUUGGAGUUCAUGUGGUGGAAGUGGUGGUAGUAGUAGUAGAGAUGACGUAUCUGCAAGGGAGAGAGAAAGGGAAAGGGAAAAGGAACGGGAGAGAGAGCGAGAACGCGAACGGGAGAGAGAAUCUACAAGAGAAGAAGUCGGAGUGGAGCGCCAAGCUCAGGAUAUGGAUAUCUCGCCAGGCGAUUCUACACCCACUUCGGAGCCCUUAACAUCCAGUGCUCACGAUCCACUGCCACAGGGCCCUGUUCUCUUGGCCACUGCAUUACCUCGAUUAACAUCACAUCCACCAUCGACGGCGCAGGCGCCUGGAAAACUCAAUUCACCUACGCAACAACAAGGGAAUAGCAAUGCACCAGGACCACCGGUGUCAUUGGCAAGCCUCCCCAAGCUUCUGUCUCAAAUCACGGGCAGCAAAGAACAACCCGAUAUCACGCCGCAAAAGGCGUUACAGACAAUUCAAACAGCUAUCUUGCUAUCUCGACAACAGUCCGUUAGUGGAGACCGAAAUAAUAGUGGAAACGAUGUAAUGGUCCCGCUAAAGGUUGACACAAGUGGCAAUACUACUAGCGAGGGUCCACCAACGCCUACGCAUUCAGAAACUCAAGAUUGUAUUGACGCGCGGAAAUUAACGAGUCCUGGGGGGACAAAUUCUGGAGUUCAAGGUCUCAGUUCUUUACAAAGUUUGAGUACAUUGGGUUCCCUUGGGAAUCUGAGUAAUACAGGAGGUUUGCAAGCGUUAUCUAGAGUACAGCCUCCUUUAACACCUUCUUUAACACCGUCGCUCGCUAAUCAUUAUCGGGAAGAUUUAACGCAGCACGUGCGUGCCUUUCCCGCUGAUAUUCUCGAAAAACAGGCACAGAAACUUAGUGAGGAAGCACACACAAUGAGCAGUUUGCAGUGUACGAGAGUGUCCGCAGAAUUGAAAACGGCACGAUCGAUAGUGAGGCUGACAGAAAUCCAGGCAACAUUGCAGGAACAAAGGAUAUUAUUCCUCCGUCAACAAAUUAAAACGCUGGAGGAGUUAAAAUCCCAAAAUUCCUUCAUGUCUGAUGAUUCUUAGUGUAAGAAAAACUUUAUAAAAUAAUUAUAAUUACAGUCUAUAAUUAAUUCAAGCAAAAAUAAAACAUGGUUAUUAAUAUUCUCAUUAAUAUUGAAUAAUUAAGAUUGUACCUAAAUUAUAAUAUCGUAAUAGAAGUGAUAUAAUAGCAAAAGAACAUGGGCUGCUCAGAGAGGAUCGGCUGUUAAAUUCAUCAGUCAUUGAAGUCUUAACAAUUAGUGAAUUCACCUCUCUGAGAAGCACAGCAGGCCUAUCCAAGUCGCAGACACAACACUACGUGAAUAGAGAACGAAUCGACUUUAUCAGUUCAAUGCAAAUACUGAAUUGUAUAUCUGGAAAUUGUCCACAUCGUCUUGUAUUACCUAUGUUAUACGUGUCAAUGUUUCAUAUCCCAAGAUUAAGCGGCAUUUUAACUAGUUGAAACAUUUUCGUUGUAAAUCUCGGAAUAAAAUUCGUGCCACAAGUUUUAA